AUGAAACGACGAAAUUUUAACGAUUAUUCGUACUUCAACAAAUUUUUAUUGAAUGCCUCUGGCCUAUUGCCCAUUAAAUCGAAAAACAAUGUGCUAACUUUAUUCCUGGCUUUUGCGACUUUCGGCUCAUCAUGCUUUUUAUUCGUUCCGGGUUUUUACUCACUUAUAUUUCAUUGGAAUAAUAUUAACCCGUCAGAUAGGUUCGACGUUCUGCUUAACGGAAGCGCCUUCAUUGUUUGCGCGAUAAAAGUUCUGGUGCUUUUUCCAAAGCGUGAAAAGCUUCUCUACGUCACAGAAAAUUGUGCGAAUCUUUGGAAAUACGUCGAGUCGGAUAAAGAUAUCGCGAUCAUCGACAAGUUCGGAAAACGGGGACUGUACGUGACGUACAUGCUAACAGUAAACAUCAGCAUUGGAACUUUUUUUUAUCUCAUUACACCAUUUUUCACGGAUUUUGUUUUGGACGCGAACGGUACGGUUUUGGAAAGCAAAGCGUUACCUAUCUCAGCCGGAGUAUUUCACGACGACGUGAAAAAAUUCCACAUAUGGCAUGCACUCCAAGUUCCAACGACUUGUGACAGUGUCAUCGCAAUUAUUGCCCUUGAUACAGCGAUACCUUUCUAUGUUUUGCAAGCCUGUGCUCACAUGCAAUUGUGCCAAAAUGUAUUUGAGAGGAUAGCCGAUAGUAUUAGACUUGACGAAACUUUGACCGAUGGUGAAGACGAUUGGAACACGAAAAGAACUAAAUUUUGUCAACUUGUAGUCAAAGGUGUGGUCUAUCAUUCGGAAAUUUUACAAUACACUAAAGAUGUGGAAGACAUUUUUCAAACAGUCAUCCUUGCUCAAAUACUAGCAAGUCUAGCAGCGAUUUGCGGAUACUGUUUCGGUAUCUUAGUCGGUGAUGAAACGGAACGUCCGAAAAUUAUGACGUGUUUGUUGUCAGUGACCGCAGAGCUGCUUUUAAUAUGUUGGCCACCUGACAUUCUUCAGACUGAGGGUCUCAAGGUGGGCGAUGCGGCGUAUAAUCUCCCGUGGUACGAUUGGACAAGAGAAGAGGGAAAAUUGAUUUGCAUGAUUAUCGCAAAAUCGCAGAGACCUGUCAUAAUCACAGCAAGAAAAAUGGCAAUUAUGUCACUUGAAACGUUCACGUGGGUUAUGAAAAGUGCCUUUUCGUUGCUAACUCUACUGCGACAGAUUUUGGAGUAAUUUCGAGUAUAGUGUAGCAUAAGAAAUUUUAAGUUGAAAGGUUUUUCACAAUCGUCGACAAUUAUUUA